GACUGCAUUGAUAGCGCUGCCAAUCGAUAACACAUGGCGGCAAACAGCUGGGUGCCUAUCGGAAAUGGAGCAUGUGAACAACGAAACCAGCGAGCUUAUACAGAAGCUCGUGAGUCUGAGUGUUAAAGAAAAUGAAGAGGAAAUCACCGGCUUACUUAAAAACCUACGUCUUUUGCUCACGAGAGGCAGUGAAAAUCAGGAGGCAUUGGCCAGAAAUGUGCAGUUCUCGAGUUUUCUAGAUGCGGUGGCUUUUAAUCCUUCGAUGCGCACAGAGCAUCGGAUCAUACACAAUCUAUCACUUCAGGUGCUGGCAAAUAGUGUGGUUAAUAAUGAGGUAACCCAAACCCUCACCUGGAAUCAACAUGGUUUGAAGAUCUGCGAACAAGCCUAUGCCUCUCCUUUGGGCAGCUCCAAUAAUGUGCUCCUGAUGAUCAUGUACAACAUAUUUCUCAGUGGUCGGAGCCUCAUUCCCGACCUGGUGGCGCUCCAAACUUGCCUCAGGCUUUGGCGAUCUUUAAACGAAGCCCAGUGUACCUACAACUUUGAGUAUCUGCACUUCUUUCUGGAGCACUUCAUUGUGCAGAACGGUCGUGCCUGCGUGGUUAGUUACCAGAAACUGGAGACUGAAGAUCGGGUUGCCUUCCUGGACUAUGUGGCCCACUAUCUAAGGGAAAAUAGCCCCAAUGGCGAGGUGACCCUCUUCCUGCUACAACACUUUGCCAAGGAGUUCCGCUUGAAAUCCGAUUGUCUUUUACGGGAAACUCUUAGUCUAAAACAUGAGCUCCAUCCGCGCGAAGUUCACACUCUACUGCGCAUCAUUGCCAGCGCCAGUGGCUCCGAGAAGUAUGCCAAUGUCUACGCCACGGAUCAGUCGCUUUUCAUCAACGUUAGCAGCCUCCUGAGAUGCGUGGUGUCGGCGGGCAAGGAACCGGAUGGAGGCGGCCUCGACAAGCCCAUGACCAGACUGGAGGAGGUGGCCCUAACUUCAGGCAUUGAUGCAGAAUAUGAGAAGAAGGUCUCCUACGAACUGAAGACGCUCUUGGUGCGCUGCUCGGCCAAUCUGCUGUACGAUAAUAAAGCAAACAAAGGUUACUGCCUGGACACACAACUACUGCCCACUCUACUCGAAUGCACCAACAUGGAUGCCCGAAAUCCAUUAAUGCGUGAGUGGAGCAUCCUGGCCAUUCGGAAUGCCUGCAUCAACUGCCCGGAGGCGCAACAGGUGAUUGCUGGCCUAACCAUGCAGGGCUCGGCGCCCAACGACAUCCUCACCGAACUCAACCUGGACAUGGGAGCACUGCGCAUCUCACCCAGCCAAUAAACAGCAUACAUCUACCCGCAAACGAGGCACGACCACUGGCUGGUCAACAAGUGGCUAGAUGUUCUUCGCACCACGUCAUCCGCCGCCCAGUCGUUGCCCCUUUUUUCGGGCUUUACGAUGCGCUAAUGCUUUGCCAACAGAUAGCCAACGGCAUUCAUAAACGCGAUGUCAAACGCUUAAUGGCAGAGAGAGCGCGGUGGAACGUGGCUAGCGUGGCUAGCGAAGAUAUAAAAAUAGCUGCCCAUGUACCAUGCUCUGUGUACCAUUAAAAAAGAGAUGCCUAAAUCCA